AUGGCGCAAAAAGGAAAAUCGCAGUUUCAUAAUGUUCACCUAGACGGCUGGCUGGACUCGAGACUUCGCGAGAUACAGGGUGAGGUAGGGGCGGAGGGACGGGUCGCAGGGACGCCGCCCGGGGGUCAGACCCACGUGGACGUGUUCGUUGUCGAGGAGCACCAUGAAGUGCUGCCCUACUGGUUUGAUGCAGCAGAAUCAGGCGUCAUACCAAAGACUGCAAACACGCUGGUUCACAUUGACGGUCAUAGCGACGCGGCGCCUGUUCUCAAUGUGCCCGGAUAUCCGUUCUUCAAGUGGCCAACCAAGGAUCAACUCAAAUACCUCAUGCAAACAAACGACGGAUUCAUACAGGCGGCGGCGAUGGCUGGCUUCCUUAAUCGCGUGAUCUGGGUGUGGCCUGACUGGGACAUCGAGAACCACGAGGACUACUACAACAUGUUCACCAUAAGUAUCGGCUGGACGUACACCAAGACCGACAACUGGCUGGUCCGUAUCGUCAAAUCCCCGGAUAAGGUAUUCUGCAUGUGCUACACGAACGGCACCGAUCUCGAGUGCUUUUCGUUCGUCAACUUGGAGACGGGUGAGGAAGAUAGAGAAAAAGGAUACUCUGUGCCGAAAGAAGCGUGCAUCGUGCGGAAGCUUUUGAUUAUUGAGGAGUUGCAUCAGUUUACCGCGAUGAAGUACUUCAACAACAGCGACUGGGCCACCGGGCGAGAAAGCGUUCUUCUCGAUAUUGACGAGGACUUUUACGGGUGUACCUACGUCGUAGAUCCCAUCUUGAAAACUAAUGUAACGCUAGAUAAGUUGUGGCAAUUAAAUGACAUAAUCACGCCUGUCUUUUGUCCGGUCGAUGCGGCGCAGGAAAAAGCUACUGACAAAAUCCUCACGGAGCUAGUUGCACAUGUGAUGAAUAAGAAGCAGUGCCAAACGGAUGAACUGAGAAAGUCUACGAGAUGCUUGGGUAUAUCGAAGCUAAACCUCAAAGAAGUUUACACAGAUCAAAUGAGUCUUUUAUUAAUGUCAAAAUCGAUAUCUACUUGUAGUUAUUUUAAGGAAACAGGAGAGUGUGUAACUAAACUGGUCGAGUUUUUAUCGUCGAUGACAAUCAAGCAGCUUGGUGCUCUUCAUUUCAUAGGGUUCUGUGCCAACACGUCUCCAAGGACGUACCUGGACUACCGUGAGUUCCGGGUCUGCUCGGGCGCCAAUACUCCGGAACAGAGCGCAGUCAUAGUCCACGCCACUGACGAAAAGGAAGUAAGGCGCCGCACGAUCUUCCUCAAGCAUAUGUUGAGAAAUGUUAUGAAGAGGAAACCGGGGCUUAUCACCGUAGCCAGGUCAGUGAGGGACGGUUACACUCCACGCGAGCUGUUUGAACAGAUCGAGGAGUCCGUGCUAAGGACUCUGAACGCGACCAGUGAUCGGCCGCUAAGAGUACAUUACGACAGCGAAUUGUUGGGCGGGAAAGGAGGCUGGCCAAAAGCGCAUACCGUCUAAAGCUACCGUAAUUGGGGAUGUAACGGCAAUAUAUUAUUAUCUGGUAUCAUCGGACUGAUGAAAUUCAA